AUGUACUCCUUCGAGGAGCCGUGGAACUCCACCGAGCUGGUUGGGAUCAACGGAUCCGAAGCAAACUUCUCUCAGGGAAAACAUUCAUACGGUGCAGAGGAGGAAGGAAAUGAGCAUCCUUUCCUCACCGACGCCUGGCUGGUUCCUCUGUUCUUCUCCCUCAUCAUGCUGGUCGGACUGGUGGGAAACUCUCUGGUCAUUUAUGUCAUUUCCAAACACAGACAGAUGCGGACGGCCACCAACUUCUACAUAGCAAACCUGGCUGCCACUGACAUCAUUUUUCUGGUGUGCUGCGUCCCCUUCACCGCCACACUCUAUCCCCUCCCUGGAUGGAUCUUUGGCAACUUCAUGUGCAAAUUUGUUGCCUUUCUGCAGCAGGUGACAGUGCAAGCCACGUGCAUCACCCUGACUGCCAUGAGUGGGGACCGCUGUUACGUCACCGUCUACCCACUCAAAUCUCUCCGCCACCGCACCCCAAAAGUAGCCAUGAUUGUCAGCGUUUGCAUUUGGAUUGGUUCCUUCAUACUGUCCACCCCAAUUUUAAUGUACCAGCGUAUAGAGGAAGGCUACUGGUAUGGGCCGAGACAGUACUGCAUGGAGAGGUUUCCCUCGAAAACACACGAGAGAGCGUUCAUCCUCUACCAGUUUAUUGCUGCCUACCUGCUGCCUGUGCUCACCAUCUCUUUCUGCUACUCUCUGAUGGUGAAAAGAGUCGGCCAGCCCACAGUAGAGCCCGUCGACAACAACUAUCAGGUCAAUCUUCUGUCUGAGAGAACAAUCAGUAUCAGGAGCAAAGUCUCCAAGAUGGUCGUCGUUAUCGUUCUCCUGUUUGCCAUCUGCUGGGGUCCAAUCCAGAUCUUUGUCCUGUUCCAAUCUUUCCAUCCAAACUACCAACCGAACUAUGCAACGUACAAGAUCAAGACGUGGGCCAACUGCAUGUCGUACGCCAACUCAUCGGUCAACCCCAUCGUUUAUGGCUUCAUGGGAGCCAGUUUUCAGAAGUCCUUCAAGAAAACGUUCCCGUUCCUGUUUAAGCACAAGGUCAGAGAUAGCAGCAUGGCCUCCAGGACUGCCAAUGCUGAGAUCAAGUUUGUUGCUGCAGAGGAGGGCAACAAUAACAGCACAAACUGA